CGAGACAGUUUCUCGCCGACGACCGUCCCGACCGGUCUGCCUACGUUCAGUUCGUUACUGCGCGCGUCCGCUCGCCAUCCGACCGCGUCCCGAUAGUAUUGUGUGCGCGCGCGCCGCGAAGUGCGUUUUCGUGCGUUUUUGGUUUUUAUUAUUAUUACUAUUACAUGUUCCGUUCGUGAUUCUAUUACUUCUUUUUUUUUUUUUAUAUAUAUUAAUUUUUAAUCGUAAUUAUUUUUUUUUUUCACCGUCCCGAAACCGCCGGGGCACAUAAUAUCCGUUUUAAUUGUUCGAAAAAUAAUCGUUUUAUGAGUGCGUCGACGCGGCGAUCGGGCAAUCGUAUCGCGUGGUGAAAAUUGAAAACAUUUCUAUUUUUUCCGCCCCCCUUACGCCCGGAAAAAAAUCCGGAAUUUUUUCCCGUGUGAUGUGCGUCCGGUGACGGUUUCGCGCGCCGGUGUCUCUUUUUUCGUGCCCGUCCCCGUUCGCCCGUCGACCGAGUGCACCGCCGCUGCCGAAAACUGUAUACCGCCGACCAUGAUGACGACGACGUACCGUCGACGACGAUCCGUCGGCCCGUCAGUGCUGCUGCUACUGCUGCUGCUCGCCGGCACUGCGAGCGCCAACAACGGCGACCCGGUGUGCGACUGGCAGCGCGUGAUGGCCGCGGACGAGGCGCAGCCGCUGCGUGUCGUGCUCAAGUGCUCGCUGCGGACCAUCAACAACGCAGACAGCGUCAUAUCUAACCUGACGUCCGCCCAGAUGGACAUGAUCACCAGCCUGACGCUCAAGUGCAGUGACGUGAUAUUCUUCGAGAGCAGCCUGGAGAAUAGCUUCCUCACGCAGCUGCGCCGGCUCAACCAUCUGGACUUGGAGUACUGCAAGAUAAAGUACGUACCGCCGGCUGUGUUGGGCACGUCCAGGGAGCUGAAGAAAUUGCGGAUCCGCACCCACAACACCGACUGGUCCGCCAUGACCAUGGACUUCCACUCGGACAGCCUGCGCGGCCUGUCGCAGCUGCGCGAGCUCGACCUGUCCGAUAACAACAUCUGGAACCUACCCAAGGAGCUGUUCUGCCCGCUCGUCGGGCUGGCCAACCUGAAUCUGACUAAGAACCGGCUGCAGGACGUGUUCGAGCUAGGCUUCUCGGACUGGGGUAACGGGCCCACCGCGCCCGGCAAAACGUGCAAUACCGCACUCGAGGACCUGAACCUGGCGAACAAUGACAUCAUAUCGAUGCCUGACAACGGGCUGACUAGUCUGCGCGCGCUCAAAAAGCUCUAUCUGCAGGAGAACCAGAUCAACCAGAUCGCGGACCGCGCGUUUGUCGGCCUCACGUCGUUGACCGUGCUCAACGUGUCUAGCAAUCGGCUGUCGGCGCUGCCACCGGAACUGUUCCACUCCACACGGUAUCUGCGCGAAGUGUACCUGCACAACAACUCCAUUAACGUGCUCGCGCCCGGUCUGCUCGAGGGCCUCGACCAGCUGCUCGUGCUGGAGAUGUCUCACAAUGAGUUGACCAGCACAUGGGUGAACCGCGACACGUUCUCCGGCCUCGUCCGGCUGGUCGUGCUCAACCUUGGCCACAACCAGCUGACCAAAAUUGACUCGCACGUGUUUCAGGACCUGUACAGUCUGCAGAUUCUCAACCUCGAGCACAACAAUAUCGAGACGCUCGCGGACCAAGCUUUCGCCGCGCUCAGCAACCUGCACGCGCUAACGCUGUCGUUUAAUCGACUCAAGCGCAUCGAACCGUUGCACUUCUCCGGGCUGUACGUCAUCAAUCAGUUGUUCCUGGACAGGAACCGCAUCGAAUCGGUGGACGAGCACGCGUUCCAGAACUGCACCAACCUACAUGACCUGGGCUUGUACGGUAACGCGCUCCGACACGUACCUGCCGCGCUGUCCAAACUGCACAUGCUCAAGACGCUUGACUUGGGCGGCAACUCCAUUAGACACGUGCAAAACUCAUCGUUCGACGGACUCGACCUACUGUAUAACCUAAUCAUGUCCAACAACGAGAUCGGAAACUUAACCGCGUACACCUUCUCCACGAUGCCGCUGCUCCAAGUGGUGAACCUAGCUUUCAACCGACUGACGCACGUCGACCAACAGGCGUUCGGCACGUCCAACAAGCUGCACGCCGUCCGGUUGGACGGCAAUGCGCUGUCCGACAUCAAGGGUAUGUUCGACGGCCUGUCCAAACUGGUGUGGCUGAACGUAUCCGACAACCAAAUCUCGAAUUUCGAUUACUCGUACCUUCCGUCCAGCGUCGAGUGGCUGGACAUGCACAAGAACGCGAUCAGUGACCUGGGCAAUUACUAUGUGCAGCGCGACACGAUACAAAUUAAAAUGCUGGACGCCAGUUUCAACCGUCUCACCGAGAUCACGGACACGUCUAUACCUGACAGCGUGGAAAACGUGUUCCUCAACAACAACCUGAUAAACAAAAUCAAAAUCAACACGUUCUUGCGGAAGGCCAAUCUGUCCCGAGUGGUGUUGUACGCCAACAAGAUGGAGUACAUCGAGCUGGCCAGUCUGCGGCUGGACCCGGUGCCGGAGUACAAGGAGUUACCGCAGUUCUACAUCGGCGACAACCCACUGAAAUGCGACUGCACCGCGGAGUGGCUGCAGCGGAUCAAUCAACUGAGCUUGCAGCGUCAAUACCCCAGGGUCAUGGACAUGGACUCAAUCAUGUGCCGAUUGGUGCACUCCAAGACGGAGAAGUUCAAGCCGCUGCUUGACCUGAAACCGUCGCAGUUCCUGUGCGAGUACGAGUCGCACUGUUUCUCUGUGUGCGAGUGUUGCGACUUCGACGCAUGUGACUGCGAGAUGACGUGCCCGGACAACUGUACGUGUUACCAUGACCACGUGUGGUCGUCGAACAUCGUAGACUGCUCGAACGCUAGGUACAAGACGAUCCCGGCGCGGAUACCGAUGGACGCGACCGAGAUAUACCUGGACGGCAACGACCUGGGCGACGUGUCCAGCCACGUAUUCCUGGGCAAGAAGAAGCUGCAGGUGCUGUAUAUGAACAACAGCAACGUGGUGUCGCUGCACAACAAGACGUUCAACGGGGUGCCGGACCUGCGCGUGCUGCACAUCGAGAACAACCACCUGGACCGGCUGAACGGCGGUGAGUUCGAGACGCUGCCCAAGCUCGUCGAGCUGUACCUGAACGACAACCGGAUCACGAGCGUGGCCAACCGGUCGUUCGCACCUCUCAAGGCGCUUCAGGUGCUCCAUCUGGAGAACAACCAGAUCAACGAGUUCCGGCCAUGGCAGCAGUUGAGCGCAGCCAACACGCUGACGUCCGUGUCGCUGGCCGGCAACACGUGGCUGUGCGAGUGCGAUGCGAUCGUGGGCCUGGACGGGUGGCUGAAGAACAACGAUUACCCGCCGUCCACGAUGCUGUGCUCGGACCGGUCCACGCCCGUAGCCGUGGCCAUCCAGAAGUGCCAGUCGGAGCGUGACACCGGGCCCAGCAUACACCGGCCGUUCUAUAAUACGUCCGUGCUGGGCACCGAUUACGUGCCGUUCGCGGCCGCUAGCCUCGCCCUGUUCAUCGUCGUGUUCGUGGUGGUCGCGCUCGCACUCGUGUUUCGCGACGACCUGUGCCUGUGGGCGCACUCGCGGUACGGCGUGCGCGUGUGCAAGUCCCCGUCGUCUGAUGAUGCAGACAAGCUGUACGACGCGUACAUGGUGUACAGCAUCAAGGACGAGGAGUUCGUCAACCACAUACUGUCCACCAGCCUGGAGCGGUUCGGGUACAGUCUAUGCCUGCACUACCGCGAUAUACACGUCAUCAGCCCCGCGUACCUGAUGGACAGCUUCCUGGGCGCGUCGGACGCAUCCAAGCGCAUCGUCGUCGUGCUGUCGCUGUCGUUCCUGCAGAACGAAUGGGAGAAACCGGUGUUCCGCACUGCGUUCCAGGCGUGCCUGGAACGCGCCAAGACGAAAAAGCAGUCAGUAGUCGUGCUGCUGACUACCACCAUCACGCCGGACCGUGAGCUCCAGGCGCUGCUCAAGUCGUGCGACGUGGUCACGUGGGGCGAGAAACGGUUCUGGGACCGGCUGCGGUACCUGAUGCCCGACCCGAAGCCCAUGGCCGGCGCGGGUGGCGACCUGAAGAAGGUGAUAUGCGACGGGCGCCCGGUGGCCAGGUACACGGCCGCGCCGACAUCCCUGGAGGCGUGGAUCCGGAUGAGCCCGGCCUCGGUGACGCAGUCGCAGGCUCCCACGCAGAGCUCGUGCAUGUCCGAGGAGUCGUCGCAAAGGACCACGGACGAGGACGAGGACCCGUCCAACCACAGCUACGUUUCCAUUGACUACCAGCAGAGGCACAAGUUGCACCACGUGUACAGCAGUAUACCGGACCCGAUUUACAACCAAGCCGGGGGGAGAACUUAUUUUGUCUAGAGACACUGAGCGCACUCCAUUACUUUAUAGUCGAUUGUUUACUAACUAUAUACAACGACGCAAACGAUGUUAUUACCGGCCGUUGUCUCCGUCGUCAUCAUGAACUGAUGCGCUGGACGACACGAUCGCCUGCUUCUUCUUGUCUGUAAUAUUUAAACCAUAGUAAUACCAUUUACGUGUAAUUAUUAUAUUAUAUAAUUGUGUAAAUCGAAUUUAUUUUUUGUAAAUAACCUCCGUUGUUAUUUCAUUU